AUGGCCAUACUAACAACAGCUUCGGCUGCCGCCAAGGCAGCACUGACCAUUGGCGGUAUAAGCAAGUUAACCUUCAUUCCUGCUAUGUUAGCAGCUCUCGCGUAUUUCCAUUACGACUUGCUGGACCCGGAAAACAGACCAUUCAAUCAGAAGUACCUUAGAGAAGAAUACGACUUUGUAAUAGUCGGAGGUGGUUCUGCCGGAGCAGUACUAGCAAAUAGAUUAUCAGAAGUUGAGGGCUGGAAUGUGUUGCUACUUGAAGCUGGGGGUCACGAAACGGAUAUCAGUGAUGUGCCGUUAUUAUCUUUGUAUCUGCACAAAAGCAAAUUAGAUUGGAAAUAUCGAACUCAACCACAAGAUUCCGCGUGUCAGGCAAUGAUUGAUAAGAGGUGCAGUUGGACUAAAGGGAAGGUUCUUGGCGGUUCAUCAGUACUCAACACAAUGCUCUACAUCCGAGGAAACAAACGAGACUUUGACCAAUGGGAAUCAUUUGGUAAUCCGGGCUGGGGUUACAAAGAUGUCUUACCUUACUUCAAGAAAUCAGAAGAUCAACGGAACCCUUAUUUGGCGAAAGAUACAAAAUAUCACUCGACGGGUGGAUAUCUCACGGUUCAAGACGCACCGUAUAAUACACCCAUCGGAGCCGCAUUUCUUCAGGCUGGCGAAGAAAUGGGUUAUGAUAUAUUGGAUAUUAAUGGUGCCCAGCAAACAGGAUAUGCUUGGUACCAAUUUACUAUGAGACGAGGAACUAGAUGUUCAACAGCUAAAGCUUUCUUGAGACCUGUGCGACUAAGACAAAAUCUUCACAUUGCUCUUUUUUCUCAUGUCACUAAAGUUUUGAUAGACAAAGAUAAGAAAAGAGCUUAUGGCGUUGAGUUCUUUAGAGAUGGAAUCAAACAGGUCGUUUAUGCAAAACGAGAGGUUAUUCUGGCUGCAGGAGCUAUUGGGUCUCCACAGUUACUCAUGCUUUCUGGUGUUGGACCGGCUCAACAUUUGGAAGAAGUGGGUAUUGAUGUUGUCUACAAUUCCGCUGGAGUGGGAAGAAAUUUGCAAGAUCAUAUUGCCGUAGGAGGCAUAGUUUUUCAAAUCGAUUAUCCUAUUAGUAUCGUUAUGAAUAGACUUGUUAACAUAAAUUCAGCUUUACGCUACGCUGUUACGGAGGAUGGACCAUUAACUUCAAGCAUUGGUUUAGAAGUGGUAGCCUUUAUUAAUACUAAAUAUGCUAAUGAAACUGAAGAUUGGCCAGACAUUGAGUUUAUGAUGACAUCUGCGUCUAUACCUUCGGAUGGGGGAACUCAAGUUAAAGUUGCUCACGGCAUAACUGAUGAGUUUUAUGAAGAAGUUUUUGGUCAUCUAACUAGUAAGGACGUCUGUGGAAUAUUCCCCAUGAUGCUGCGACCAAAAAGUCGGGGUUUUAUAAAAUUGAGAUCUAAAAAUCCUUUAGAUUAUCCAUUGAUGUACCAUAAUUAUUUGACUCACCCCGAUGAUGUUGGAGUAAUGAGAGAAGGUGUAAAAGCUGCCGUAGCUGUAGCUGAAACAGCAGCCAUGAAGCGUUUGGGUGCUAGAUAUAACAGUAAACCUGUUCCGAAUUGCAAACAUUUACCUCUAUACACAGAUGAAUACUGGGAAUGUUAUAUACGCCAGUAUACCAUGACAAUUUAUCAUUUGUCUGGCACGGCUAAGAUGGGCCCAUCAAGUGAUCCUAUGGCCGUGGUGGAUCCUGAACUACGUGUUUAUGGUAUAGAAGGCUUGCGUGUCAUUGAUGCAAGUAUAAUGCCAGCUGUUACCAAUGGUAAUAUUAAUGCUCCAGUAAUUAUGAUUGCAGAAAAAGGCGCAGAUUUAAUUAAAAAUACUUGGAACCCAAAACAAAAACGUAGAAGCCGUAGAUCUUUAAAAUGUUCCAAAUUGGAUCAAAUUCUGAAGAUAGGAAAAACAUCACAAUGUCAGAAAGAAAGAUGA